AGUAAUUAGAGUAUUUCUUUGAAGUUAAGUCAACCGGUCGUGAAAUAAUAAAUAUCUAAAUAAAUAGAGAGACCUACAUUACUCUUAGCUAAUUAAACUUAACGUGUAUUUUAUUAAACUAGUGACAUAAAAGGACAUUAUUGUACGUAGAAUAAAGGAAUAUCCAAGGAAAUGUGUAAAAUACUCGACAACAAUGAACAAAGUGUUUCAAUAACACAUUUUGAUUAUUGAUAAAAGCUAGAUAAUCAAACAAUUUAAAAUGUUGUGGCGUUGGGAAGACAUGUGCGGGCCCCAAGGCUUGAGACCGUGGAAUGACGUUACGAAAGACUUCGGACAGUGCUUCCAGGAGCUAUUUUUUCAUAUUCCUGUAUAUUUUCUAAUUGCAAUUAUAUCUGGAUACUAUGUUGGAUACAGAAAGGAUUGGGUGGUCCGUGAAAAGACACAGGAACGAGCAAUAGUCUUCCGCAGUUUCGUAGUAUUAGCAUUAGUGUUCAUUCCAAUAAUUGAGUUGUAUGUUUUGAUUACUAAGCCUGGUUUUGUUUUGUAUCCUGUGGAUUACUUCUCGGCCGGCGCGGCUUGCCUGGCUUGGUUGUUCCAUUUCGGAUAUGUGUUAGCACUCAAACACAGGCUGGGCCAGAGCUCCCGUGGCCCUACUUCUCAGCUUAUGAUGUGGAGUUUUACUGUUGUCGUGAAUUUAAUUACACUGAGAAGCAAUAUUAUGACGGGUUCAACUUUAGGAUUUAACAUUGCUACAUUGUGUUGCCAUGCUCUGUAUUUCGUCAGUCUACUUCCAUCAAGUAAUUCUAGGCCUACAUUCUAUUCACCAUGUCUUGUUGGCUCCCAGCACUCACAUAGUGAGUACACACCAUUGCUUCCACACAUGGAUGAAGGAAUACUAGGGACAGCAAUGCAAGGAAAUAGCUGGUUAUCAAAGUUAUUGUUUUCAUGGGUGGAUCCUCUCCUCCAAAAAGGAUUGGAGAACAAAUUGCAUGACCCGGAAGAGCUGUUUGAUGUACCAGCAAAGUAUUGUUGUUCAUAUGUGGGAGCAAAAAUGGACAGAUCUCUUAUUGGCAAUGUAGAUAAUUUUCAACAAUAUGAAGAUGUACCUCAUGAACCAUUCAUAGGAUCAGGCUAUGGAGCAACAGGCGAAACAGCAACACAACCACCUGUGAGCACCCCAGUUACACCGACUUUGCGUGUCCUAGUGCGAUCCCCGCGGCGACAGAAUGUCUCCUUGCUAAGAGCUCUACACUCAUGCUUUGGCCUACAAUUUUACAGUAUUGGUAUUCUUAAGCUAGUGUCUGACAUGGCUGGAUUUGCUGGCCCAAUAUUACUAAAUUAUCUUAUUAAAUUUGUUGAAGAUGAGAGCAUUGAUCAACAUUUAGGUUAUGUGUAUGCUGGCAGUCUUUUGGCGGCUACAUUGAUGUCUGCCUUAUUUAACACGCAUUUCAACUGGUUAAUGUCAAUAGUGGGUCUAAAAAUGCGUGGCGCGAUAGUUGCUACAAUACUCAGAAAGACUCUCAGCGUGACAUCCACAGAACUUACUAAUAAAUUCUCGAUAGGUGAAAUCACGAAUUUUAUGUCGACUGACACGGAUAGAAUUGUGAACUCCUGUCCAAGUUUUCAUGCGCUUUGGAGCAUCCCAUUACAAUUAUUCAUAACACUCUUUCUUCUCUACCAACAAGUGGGCUUAUCAUUUUUAGCUGGUGUAACAUUCUCUGUGAUAUUAAUACCAAUAAACAAAGUGAUUGCCAACAAGAUUGGUCAGCUAAGUACUGAGCUGAUGAAGCACAAAGAUUCUCGUAUCAGUUUAAUUAGUGACCUGCUGAAAGGAAUAAGGGCUGUAAAGGUUCAUGUUUGGGAGUCAUACUUUAUUGAUAGAGUGUCAGAAGUACGAAAGGAAGAGUUACGUUACUUACGCGGUCGUAAGUAUCUGGACGCGAUCUGCGUUGUGUUAUGGGCGACAACGCCAGUAUUCGUAGCGGCGUUGACGUUCGGCACUCAUGCGCUCAGAGGGAUACAGCUCGAUGCACCAACUGUUUUUACAACAGUAGCACUUAUUAAUAUGCUGAUAGCGCCGCUAAACGCUUUUCCAUGGGUACUAAAUGGCCUAACAGAAGCUUGGGUAUCCAUAAAACGUAUUCAAAAGCUGUUAGAUCUUCCAGAUAUGGACGCAGAACUUUAUUACGACCGCGUCAACAAAAAUCAUGAUGAAGAUAAAAUAAUCAUAUUUAAGAAUGCGACCUUUGCCUGGGCCAAGCCUUUAAAAAAGAAAAAGCCGCCAAAGAAGUCUAAGAAAAACAAGGGCAAGUCUAAAAAGAGGUUGUCAAGAGGUAGCAUACAAAGGCGCGAUUCAACUUCGUCAUCAGAACAGUUGGUUCGAGAUGAGCCUUUUAUGUUAAAAGAUAUUAACUUAGAAAUCGGUAAAGAAGAGUUGAUAGGUAUUACCGGUGUCGUUGGAAGUGGAAAAUCCUCAUUAUUGCAUGCGAUCAUUGGAGAUAUGAUGAAGAAAAACGGUGACUUACAGAUACCAGAGAAUCUCAGCAGUUUCGGUUAUGUAUCUCAAAAACCGUGGCUGGUACGAGGCACAAUUCGAGACAAUAUUCUUUUUGGUAAACCAUACGAUGAAGCGAAGUUCCGUACCAUUGUGGACGCUUGUGCACUUACUGAGGAUUUGAACGUGCUCGGAUGGAACGCUUACGCGGGCGAAGGCGGGUGUACGCUAAGCGGAGGCCAAAGAGCUCGGAUAGCACUAGCUCGUGCUGUGUACCAAGAUAAACAAGUGUACUUGCUGGACGACGUGCUAGCGGGCGUGGACAGUUCGGUAGCGCAGCACAUAAUGCAGCGCUGUAUCCUGGGCCUGCUGCGGCACACCACGCGCGUGCUGGUCGCGCACUCGCCCAGACACCUGGCGCGCGCCAACAGGACCGUGCUAUUGAGCGAGGGACGGAUUAUCAGGCAGGGUCCUCCUGAAGCGGUAUUGAAUGACAUCGAAGAUUUCAUGCCAAGUGACACGGAGUCUUUAGGUGAAGAACCCCCGCGCCCGCAAGAUCCAGAACUUGAGGAUAAGGAUAAUGUUAGCAGGAACAGCCUGGAUGACGAGGAAUCUAUGACUCAAGGAUCUGUUGGUUGGAGAGUAUUGGGCCUGUACUUACGAGCAGUCGGAGUAUUCUUAUCCAUAGCCAUAUUCCUUUCACUAGUUCUAAUGCAACUCUCACAGAACUUCACAUUCCUCUGGCUCACGUAUUGGGUUAAGAACAAACCGAAAAACUCCACUUCAUUACACGAGAUCGACUUAACAGAACAUGUUACAGAAAAGACUUCUGUGCUAGAUCACGGUGUACUAGCUAUUGACAAUAUAAUACACAAAAUAAUUAACACUACGAUACUGUUAUUGAAAAAUAGUAACACAAAUGAAACGUAUCACAAAAUGGAGAAUUUGGGCAAUCAGCAGUACACGUUACUUGGAGUCACUGGGAAUAAUACGCCUGUGUACACAGAUAACUUCUAUUUAGAGGUGUACUUUGGGUUGGCGGGAUUAAACUUAGUGUUCACGAUAAUGAGAGCAUUUUUAUUUGCGUACGGUGGAGUGAAAGCCGCGUCCUCGAUACAUAAACUUCUACUGAGGGUUAUAAUUGAGGCUAAAGUGAAGUUUUUCGAUGUAACACCGGUGGGCCGCAUUGUGAACAGAUUCUCAUCAGAUACAUACACGAUCGAUGAUUCCUUGCCUUUCAUAUUAAACAUAUUUUUGGCGCAAAUAUUUUCGUUGGUUGGAGCUGUGGCAGUAACUCUAUAUGGCCUGCCCUGGCUCGGGAUUGGUGCUGUGCCUCUAGUAUUUAUUUACUACCGUCUCCAGCGGCGGUAUCGUGUCACAUCGCGGCAGCUAAAACGACUGCAAAGCGUGACGCUAUCGCCCGUAUAUACACACUUUAAUGACACUCUUGAUGGUCUGGACACGGUGCGCGCGCUGGGCGCGGGCGGCGCGUGGGCGGGGCGCGGCGCGGAGCUGGUGGAGGCGUGGCAGCGCGCCGCGCUGAGCGCCGCCGCGGCCGCGCAGUGGCUGGCGCUGCGCCUGCAGGCCGCCGCCGCCGCCGCCGUGGCCGCCGCCGCGCUGCUGGCCGUGCUGCAGCGCACGCUGCACGCCGCGGACCCCGGUCUCAUCGGUCUCGCUAUAUCUUAUGCCCUGUCAAUGACAUCAAUGUUGAGCAACGUGCUGAACUCCUUUACGGAAACGGAACGGGAAAUGAUUGCUGUCGAGCGCUGUCGAGAAUAUCUCAAGGUAGAGGGCGAAAAUAUCUACGGCGAUGCUCCUCCUUACGGCUGGCCUUCACAGGGCGUCAUUGAGUUUGAUAAAGUCUCCCUUAAAUUUAGUGAUCGCGAAAGUGCGGUUAUGGCACUAGAAGACGUAUCAUUCUCCACUCACCCCGGCGAAAAGUUAGGCGUGGUGGGUCGCACGGGUGCUGGCAAAAGUUCCCUUCUGACCGCGCUGCUACGCCUUGCACCGCUUACGGGUGGACGAGUGCUUAUUGAUGGUGUCGAUAUCUCUACGCUUCAUCUGCAUUCUCUCAGAACGCGGGUAGGCGUGAUACCGCAGGAUCCGUUUAUAUUCACGGGUAGUAUACGUGAGAACUUGGACCCACUCCGUCAGUACCUGGACAUAGACGUGUGGCGUGCUAUCGACGCGUGCGGGCUGCGGGGCCUGGUGGCCGACCGCGGGGGACUCAACGCUAGCGCCGACAUCACGCAGAUGUCGCGCGGACAUGCGCAGCUGCUGUGCGUCGUGCGGGCCUUGUUGCAUAGACCAAAGAUCCUGCUUGUAGACGAAGCAACAGCGAACUUAGACCAGGAAGCGGAACGCUUAAUCUUAGACGCGAUUCGGUGUUCUUUCGGCGGGUCCACGGUAGUGUACGUAGCGCACAGGCUGGUGGGCGUGCUCGAGUGCGCGCGCGUACUCACCAUGGCCGGCGGACACGUGCAAGAGCUUAUAGCACCCGAUGACGCUCUGGCUGAUCAGAAUACACACCUAUAUCACCUUAUGUACGGAUCAUAAAAUCAUAAAACUUUCUAGAAUUGUAAAAAAUAGUAACCUUUUCAAUUGCUAAGAAAGUGUUUCCUUGGAGUUAAGCUUAUGUCAUUCCAUUCAAUUCUAGCACGAAUAAUUGGUCUCGCUACAAUCUUUAUGAGGCAUUUAUACAAGUCUAAAUUAUAGCAGUGCUUUAUGCUUCUGUAACAUCGAAAUAAUGAAAAAAAAUGCUAGUUUAAAAAGAAAUUCACUAGAUUAGAAAAAUAACAUUACAUAACACUACACGUACUCUUCACAGUUUUGUUAGAUCAGCUGACUUGAUAUUCGGUAUUGUACCAUUUCUGUUUUUAUUAUAUUAUGGUACACUAGUGAAACUUAAGAUUAUUCUAGAAGGUGAGAUGUUAACCUCAUGUGAUUAUUACGCCUUUUAAUAUUUGAUAGGAAAUAAUUAUUUUAACUUGUUUUAUGCUAGAGAUUUAUAUUUGUGUUUGUGAUAAGUAUUUAAUUCUGUACUGUUACAUGACGACGUAUCGCAAUAUGAUUAUAUACUUACGGCAACCAGACGCGAUAAACCGUACUUCGUUUGUGAUACGAUAAUAAGAUAAAUAUUUGCGUCAAACCGCAUAGGAAACAACAUGUGACAAAGACUUCAUCCAAAAAAAAUGAUUGUAUCAAUAUAAGAAGUGAUAUUCAAUUGCCAAUUAGUUAUUUGGGAUUUAUGUUAAUUAUUAUUAGGUAGUACAAGACUGAGAUAAGUCUAGUCGCUAAUCGUUUUCAUCGAAGUAAAAAUGUAACUCAAUAUUGUGAAAUGUUUCCAAAGACAUAAGUAAAUUUGAAAAUCAUAUUUAAAUAAUCGUGUAGUACUAGAGCAAUUAUUAAAAAUUCGUAAAUCACUAUCAUUAGUUCAUUUCUUUGCUUCAAAUAUUGUGUGAAUUAUUUAUUAGAAUGUGGAAAUAACUUUCUACUUUUGCUGAACUCAUUUACAUAAGUCUUCAGUCAUUAGCUGUUUCUGAGGAUCUCUCUUUUCUUAAGAAGGGUAUGCUUUUUCCGAAGUUAUGAAUAAAAAAAAGUUAUCAAAGCUCAGUGGUCUCUUAAACUCCCCAUCACCCUGAAUUUCGCAUUUUACCCCAAGAUUUACCUUGCACUGAUCAAAUAAAUUGUAAAAUCAUGACUCUCUGACAAAAUGCCGCUGAGUUUCGAUCUCUAAAUUAGUCAUCACUCAUGAAAUAAAUUUCCUAACAUGUCAAUCAGCAUCGUAUUAUCUAAUGUUAAGGUUUUAGGCAUAGUAUGUUACUUAUGAGAGUAUUUUUAUAAUAUUUAGUAAUAUAUAAAUGUUUGGUUAGGAUUAUUUUAAAAGGAACAGCGACUUAUUCCAUUAUUCGUAUCAAUUGUAAGUUUUGUUUUAGGUGUUCUAUAAUUAUUUGGGUAUGUUUCCACGCCAGUUAAUAGUAAAAUUAUUUUGUUACGAAAUCUAAAUUACAUUGAGAAUAACUAUUUUGUGAUAAAUCCGAAUGAGUUCUUGUGAUGUAUUCUUGCGUAUUUAUAUUCAAGUAUACGUAGUUUUCGCAUUCGUAAUAAAGUCUCUACAAAGCCAAUUUUAAUUAAAGGUGUUAGAUUCGUUUUGGGCUAAAUUCAUAUGAAUAAAAGAUCUUGGUACAAAGGCUAGUCUGUUCCAAUGAGUAUCUAUCAACAUAUCGACAUUCUCUUUACUGUUAUAGAUGCGAAAGUUACGUAGAUUUAGAGAGAAAUCGAUGUUACUCGUAAUUAUUGUAAGAUUUAAGAUACUAUUUUUUUUUCAAUAUUAAAAUAUAUUUUAUAGAUUA